AUGACUGAAAUACAAGCACGCUAUAUUCAGUUGGUGAAAGACAUCACUCAGUUGCAAUGGGUCAGAGAGUCCCUGCCCUCCCAUUCAAAGUACUAUGAAGGCUUGAAAAAGAAGCUGGAAAAGCAGAUGCAUCUCAAGUCCUUUUCCGAGAAAGAAUUAGUCAACUAUCAAAAGGAGAGGGACCACACUAGCUCCACAUCAAAACGCACCUUAUUUAGUCAGCAGACGAACAACCAUACCAAAUCCUUCAGUAAUAUCAUUGAAUCUGUAAAGUUCUAUGAGAAUGCCAUACAACAGCUACAGGCCCAGAUUGAUCAAGCCAAGAUUAUGAUGGAUGAUCUCAACGGAGAAAAGCAGAAACUAGACAAUUUAUGCAACCAACUGCAUCAGCUGUACGAUCAAGUUAUCAUUCCUGAUGCUGAAGAUGCUUCCUUUAUAUUUGAGCAACAUUUGAAACGAGAUGUCCAACAAUUAGCCGCUGAUAUACCCACUAUGAAAGAGAACAUAAAGACAUAUACACAAGCGCAAGCCAAGCUGUAUCAAGCGAGAGAGCUCAUUGAAACCGCCAUGAAGUCGCUGCCAGGCGCAUCUACGUUUAUGGAUCGACAGGCCAUUGUAGCAAGUCAAAACAACAACCACAGCAGCAGUAUCUUUGGGAAAUCAGCCGUUGCCAUUUCUUCUACCAUAGCCGAUCCUAUAAAAAAUGCGGAAAAGAUAGCUCAACAAUCUUAUCAGUUGGUGCAAGAAGCACAUGAUAUCUGCGAUGAUGUACCCAAUAUACCCACUAGCACCGUUCAAAAGGGCGAAUCAAAUGUCGUGUACAUCUUGACAAAUUACAGAGGCUAUCGACUCAAGAUUGAAUACACUUUGCGCACACAAGUGAACCCACGCUUGCACGGAUUCGAAAACCAGCUGUCGACUGCCAAGUACCACUAUGAACAGAGAGUGAUUGAAUGGAUUGAUCAUCAGAUUAUUACAUUGGAAGCCUAUUUACGCACAAAUGGCUGCUUGGUAAACGAAAAUUUAGAUGUUGAAAUCAGCCGUUUGAGGAUGGGAUCCAGAGCAGCUAUAGCAGCAGUGGCCUCUGAAGUCAGUGGCAGAGUUACAGUGGAUGAUGUGUUGGAAAUAGCAUCCGCAUCGGAUCACGGCGUGUUACCAGAAUACGAACAGCACAGCGAUAAUUCCAGUACAACAAGCGACAGCAGCAACAGCAGCCAUGCCAGCCAUCCGCAACCCGAUAUACCCAAUAAUGCUGUUCAAUGCGAUAUGAUGAACCUGCCGUCUUACGCUGAUGAGCAACGGCCACAAAGCACCACCAGCACUACAGCAACCGAGUUGCCGCCACCUGCGUAUACUCUUUAA